CAUGAGAUCUGCCCGCGGCACGGCGAAGAGGUCGCUUUUGCUAACGUACAGACGACGAACGCUUCGAUCGCAGCCUGGUGAAAGCAGCGGUAGCAGUUGCAGUGAGAGAGCUUCCGCUUUUCGACAACCCAUGGUCGGAAGUAUCCGGCGACUAUCCAAUCUUCCGUUCCGUGCUUCAAUGGAACGUUCGCACAGCCAUGUGAGACCCAAUCGUUUGUCACCUCCGAUCGUGCUGCGUCAGCACCAACAAAGAACGCUAUUUUCCUUCUUGCCAAGCCACAAGGACAAACUCGACGACAACGACGGCGUUGUAAAAACCGAUAUAUCUAUGCCUUUGCGGAAAACGGAUGCCGAAUUUUUGGGCUACCACGAAGAGAACCAAGCUGCCCUACAAAAUUUCAAAAAAGUUCGACAGGAAGUAUUUGAACUGCUCGAUAGUCCCGUUGGCUCUUUUUCUUGGCCACAAUUUUCUUCCUUGCUAAAUCAGCUUUGCGACGAUGAAACAACAAUAUACAAUGCAUUCGAAUUACUCGAUCGAGCUGCAAUGGAACCAGCUGCGGAUACGAGGAUAACACACGAAAUGGUCGAUCAGGUAGUGCGACAAUGGCUAAACGGGUAUAUCGCACAGCAAAAAAACAUCGACAAGCCGCAGUCGAAGUCGUACUAUCGUCGACGCAAACGGACCGCCAGGAAGAGCCAAAGCAAUGGGACCAACGAUACUAACAACAGCCACAGAAAGAGAUCACAUCGAAUGAUGUCUCCUUUAAAGGUAUGGAAUAAAAUAAAGAAUUAUCAGCAGAUAGGCAUCCCGAUGGAAUCUCCGACGUAUCACAAAAUUAUGGAAGGAACCACACACGCCAAACCAAAAACAUUCAAUCUUCCGUACGGACCAAGACUUGCCGAAACAAUCUUGGAGGAAAUCAUGGAUCAGAGCAAGCGCAAGAAUCCAUUGAUCCGCCCGUCAGCGCAUGCGUUCACCAUUGCCAUGCUGUCGUGGGAGCAGACCGCAAUCUACUCACCCGCCGAAGCCAAUCGAGAGGCUCCCCAGCGAGCCCUGGCCCUUCUUAAUAAACUCAAGUCUCUCUACGCAUCGGGGUGGGGAAACGAGUUUAUGCCCGACAAAAAUGCUUACCGUCGGGUCAUGAAUAUAUUUGCCCACAGGGGUGACGGUGAUCAAGUUGAGGCCCUCUUGGAAGACUUGUACACCAUGUACUUGGACCAUUACGAACAAGGGCACGAAAAUAGUAGCUCGCUGAUGCCUACGUCGUCAUUCUUUUCGUUGGUUUUGUAUGCGUGGUCGAAGUCUCGUGAUCCGGAUGCYGCAGAACGGGCGGAGGCUGUCCUAGAGCACAUGCUGGARAUGGAACRGUCAGAGGAGAUUCCAAACCUYAAGAUUCAGAGUAAUUUUUUCAACAUUGUCAUGGUGUGCUGGUCAAAGCAACGGACCAAGGAAUCGGCUGCMAAGGUCCAGAAAAUUUUUGAUCGCCUGGUGGAAUUAUCGGAAUCGGACCCUACCAAAGCACCGGUCGGAGCUUCGUAUUUGGCAUUGAUUACCACCUGGUCUCGGUUCGACCCGAAGAAAUCGGAGGAGUUCUUUUGGAAGUGGAAGGAGGAGCACGAAAAGGGAUCGUGUGAGAUGAGAAUCGAUUCGGAUCUGAUUCGGAUGCUGGUUUCUUCCUGGUGCAAAUCCGAUGAGCCRGAUGCAGCCGAGCGAGGCGAGCGUUUGAUUCAUUUUGCAAUCGACGAACCCGAAUGGGAACCGUCCACSGAUGUAUUUAACAUUGUAAUCAACAAGUGGUGCCACCAAAAAACGCUAGAUGGAUUCGAACGAGCCGAGGAAUUGCUACGACAAAUGAUAGCGUAUCACGAACUCAACCCGGGAUCUGAUGCGAAGCCAAGAAACCUAAGCUAUCUACCCAUUGUUCGUUCAUGGGCCGAGAUUGGACAGCUUGAGAGGUCGGAAGAACUCCUUGUAGACUUUUUUACGCAGUGGCAUUCUGUCGAUGGUUCCGACAAAAGUUUUUCCUCUCCUGSUGGUUCGAAACAAGCGCGCGACAAGGAUCAAAACCUCGAUACGCGGCUCUUCAAUUGYGUGCUGAAGGGAUGGCUGGCGAAGGUGCCGACGAUGCCAGAGGCCGUGGUAAGGGCGGAAGACAUUCUGCUCCUGACCAAAACAUACGGCGUCAGACCGAAUUAUGCCUCUUUCCAAUACGUACUGGAUGCAUGGCGAACCACUGCCAACGAUAGUGGUUUCGGCCGGUCCUGGAGUCGGGACCGUCCGAGAGCGGACGCCGUUCUGGAACUCUUGGACCGCGAAUACAACAGAGAAGACGAUGCAAAAGACGAACUGUAUUUGAAUCUGAGACGGGGAUGGAAGCUGCUUUCGGUGCAAUGAGUUCUUUGGAUKUGUAAAGCGGUACGAAGAUGAAUGUUUUUGAGACAGAACACGAUAGUUGGUWCGACCAAAAUCUAAUAGCUAGGCAUUGAUUUCGAGUAGUUWUGUUCUGUGAUAUGCAGAAGCUAGUAUCACACGCAUACCAUUUGUUGCCCAGCGAUUAUGGAAACUUGACCAUUGGAUGGAGUUGCUAAGAGAUCGGCGAACCGACUUCAAAAAAYAAUCAUGCUCAAA